CGUUGGUGCCUGGCCCCUGGGCGGGGCAUAUACUUAUGCGGUAUAUCUGAUAGGCGCUGAGUACAGAAUGCCCGAAUCUCACCUUAUCUCACCCCUGCAAGCCGGGUUCUGACACCAUGAAGACAAUCUACCAGUAUUCCGCCAAUUAUUUGAGUUGCCGUCAUGAACUAAUGCCCCCAGAUGCCCGCCCUGCCGGACGGGUACGCAGUGAUACGCAAGGUCCCCCGAGUCCCAGCAGUUCGCCGUGUCUUCCUUUCACAUGUUCACCACUGAACGUCUGAUUCUCCGCUCUUAUGUCGAGAGUGACCUCGACGACCUCCUUCGCCUCUGGGAAGACCCACUCGUCCAGCCCCUUGUUACCAGCGAUAGUGUCACGCUUCUUGGUCCAAAGUUCAAGGAGACAAUAAGAGCUCAGAUAGAGCGUGCAACCUUUGGUGCCAUAAUCGCUCUUAAGGAGACCGGGGAAUUCAUGGGUCAGGGAGCGAUCACUGUCCUCGAACCCAAGAAUCGCGAUGGCACAUUUGGGAUUUGCUUACUUCCGAAAUUUUGGAGCAAUGGAUAUGGGACUGAGGCGACAAAGUUCAUGGUUGAUCAUUCGUUCAAGUGGUUCAAUUUGAACAGAAUGUCCCUCGCAGUCUUUGGGAAUAAUGCGCGGGCAAUUGCAGUCUAUGAGAAACUUGGGUUUGUCAUGGAGGGCAGGAAGCGCCAGGCAGUGUGGAUGGAUAAUCGGUGGGAAGAUCUUUUGACAAUGGGCAUCUUGCGAGACGAAUGGGAAAGACGAUGCAAUGAGAGACAAGGAUGACGCACUCGGCUUCCACAUGUCGAGGA